AUGAGCGUUCAUGGUGGAUACUACCCCACGAGCAAAAUUGCGAGUAAUUGGACUCAGGCCACAAACUGGAGUAUUCAAGGUGUGACGCUCGGAGGAUGGCUUGUGACCGAACCGUAUAUCACUCCGAGCCUAUACAACCAGGCUAUCGAAAUCGCUGGCAAUGAGACUGGGCCUUCGAUUGUGGACGAGUAUACACUUUGCUCGGUACUGAGCAAAAGUACCGCGAAGGAUUUGUUAUCUAAACAUUACAAGAGCUGGGUCAAGGAAUCCGAUUUCAAAGAGAUAAAGGAAGAAGGAUUCAAUCUGGUGCGGAUCCCGAUUGGGUACUGGGCGUGGAAGAAAGGCGACGACUUGUACGAUUUCGGGUUCACGAACAUCACGUAUGAGGACCCGUACGUAGCGGACGGGUUGCAAUUGGCGUACCUGAACAAGGCCAUGGAAUGGAGUGCCAAGUACGGGCUCAAAGUGUGGUUGGAUUUGCACGGGGCACCUGCGUCGCAAAACGGAUUCGACAAUUCUGGGCAGCGCAACUUGUACGGGACGCCUGGGUGGCUUUCGAAGGAGUUCACGGGCGAGUUGAUGUUCCAGUUACUGCAGUCAGUUUUUCACUCGGUUAGAGAUGGCGAAUAUGGAGACAAUGUGGUGGGGAUCGAGGUGGUGAACGAACCACUGGGCGACAAGAUUGGCAUGGAAAAAGUGGAAUACUUCUACCAGAUGACGUUCCAGAUGUUCGAGGGCAUAUUGGGCCGCAACGAGAGUGUUUCCAUGGUGGUGCACGACGCGUUCCAGGCGGCUGGGUACUGGGACGAGUAUUUCAACCCGGAAUACUCGCAGGAAUUGCCUGGGAAUUUCAGCUACAGCCACACGUCGGCCAGCUACGACUCGGUGGUGGUGGACCACCACCAUUACGAAGUGUUUAGCGACGGGCAAUUGGCCAACAGCCGCGACACGCGGCUGGAGGACAUUUUGCAGUACGCGAACGGGCUGGGCGCAGAGCAGCCGUACCACCCGGCCGUGGUGGGCGAGUGGUCGGGCGCGAUCACGGACUGCGCGACGUGGGUGAACGGAGUGGGCGUCGGGGUGCGCUACGACGGGUCGUACUACCACACGACGCGGUUCAACUCUUCGCUCGCGACGCGGCCGUUGGGGAAGUGCACAUCGCAGCUACCAAUUGCGAACUGGACCGAGGAAUACCGCGUGCAAGUGCGCGAGUUUGUGGAAGCGCAGCUGCUUGCGUACUCGAACGCGACAGACGGGUGGAUUUUCUGGAAUUGGAAGACGGAGAGCGCGCCCGAGUGGGACUACAAGCAGCUGGCGGGGGCUGGGCUGUUCCCACAGCCGUUUGACAACUACACGUUUUACUUUGCGAACGGAACGCGCAACCCGGGGGGCGCGCUGCCCAGCCGCAACGCCGCACACGCCGUGGGGGCGUGUCGGGCGCUUGUGGCGGCGGCCGUGGCCUUGGUUGUGCUGUAUUUUACGUGA